AUGCGAGUGCUCUUGUACGGGACGUCGGCCAACCCACCCUGCGGCAUGGGCGGCCACACGGGCAUCGUCGAGUUCUUCUCGUCGCAGUUCGACCAAGUGUGGGUGCUACCCGUGUACCAGCACAUCUACAGCAGCAAGCGCAACCUCGCGCCGUUCGAGCACCGCCUCAACCUGCUUCGCCUCGCAUUCCAGUCGCUGAGCCAGCCCCACAAGGCAUGCGUCAAGGAAACGGAGAAGGACGUGUGGGACCUCGCGCUCCAAGACACGAGCGUGGAUCCGAGUUCGAUCCGCAUUGGGUCGAUCGACAUUGUGACCCAUUUGCAGGCGCAGCACCCAGACGUUGAAUUCUCGCUGUUGCUUGGCGCCGACACGUACAACGACCUUAUCCAGGGCAAGUGGAAAGGAGGCCUGCGCCUCCUCGACGCCGUCCGUAUCGUGGUGAUUGCCCGCGAAGGUAUCGCGCUGCGCUCGCCAACGAGCGAUCGCGUCUCGUACGUGCACGUCCCGAUCCUAGACGACUCGUCCUCGACGCAAGCGCGCAGUGCGACGUCGGAUGACGAGCUCCGUCGGCUCCUCUUCCCCCAAGUGCUUGCGUACAUCCAAGAGCACAAAUUGUACCAGUUUGCGCACUAA